GGCCAGAAGGCCUGGGAUAGGGGACUGCUUUACUAGCAAAGAUGGCGGCGGCUGCGGCAAGUCGUGGGGUCGCGGCUGCAAAGCUCGGCUUGCGUGAGAUUCGCAUCCACUUAUGCCAGCGCUCGCCAGGCAGCCAGGGCGUGAGCCGGCGCCCACAGCAUGCGCGGCGCUCUUUCCGGCCCCGCAGGGACUUCAUCGAGAAACGCUAUGUAGAGCUGAAGAAGGCGAACCCCGACCUGCCUAUCCUAAUCCGCGAAUGCUCAGAUGUGCAGCCCAAACUCUGGGCUCGCUACGCAUUUGGCCAAGAGAAGAACAUCACUUUGAACAACCUCAGUGCUGAUCAGGUAACAAGAGCACUGGAGAAUGUGCUAAGUGGCAAAGCCUGAAGCCUAAAUUGAGGAUUAGAGCACAACCCCAGAACCUGGGCUCUGCUAAACUAAGUACAGUGUAGAAAAUUAUGUUCUCCUGUUCCUUAUAAAAUCUGCUGUAAAACACUGUC